GGCGAAACGACAACCACCCCGCCGGGGAGGGUAAUCCAAGCGAGGGCGAGCCAUCACCGUGCUGUUCCUCGUUUGCUGUCGCCUCGAAGAGCCUCCUCCGUUCCCUCUCCCUCGACCGAUCGGCCGGUCUCACGGGGCAUUUCGCGGGGCUGGUCGAUCUCUCCCCGCUCAUUCUGUCAAGGGAUUGGUCGGUUGCCGAUUCCGUGCGGCCGGAUAACUCGGAUUUAUUCAGUUUUUCGGGUUCGCUACAUGCGUGUGCGAUGCCGGCCAGCUCCCUCCCGGCGUCCCCCGACGCCACCGGCGACAUUGGCGCCGCGCUCGAGCUCGAUCUCGAGGAUCUCGCCGCCGGCGGCGGCACGGACUGCAUCGGCGCGCUCGCCUGCGGCAGGAGCAGCUUCUCCUACCGCCGCCUCCCGGAGCCCCGCCUCCGCCUCACCGUUCAGAAGCUUGACGACUCCUUCUUCGACAUUGAAAUCGCGCGGUCGGCCACGGUGUGGGAGCUCAAGGUGACCAUAGAGAACUUGUUCUCCGCCCUCUAUGACGACACCCAGAAGACCAUCUCUUGGAAUCACGUGUGGAGUCACUUCUGCUUAUGCUUCAAGGACGAGAGACUGACGGAUGACAAGGCAACAUUGCGUGGGUUUGGUAUAAGAGAUGGUGAUGUGCUUCAUUUUGCCCAGCAUCUGUCUGUUGACUACAGCCCAUGCAGGGAUCCUCCCAAAAACCAGAAGGAAGCGUCUCACACUCACAGAAGGUCAAGGACUUCGCUGGAUGGUUACAGGCCAGUGAGCAUGCUGGAUGAUCUCAGCGAAGAUGAUGAUGAGAAGUUUACACACAGCAGGUGCUCUACGAGUGUCUUAGAAGAUCCGUGUCUUUACGAGUACAUCGAGGAGCGCGUGGAAGAAGAAACUCCCAAGAAAGGAAGUCUGUUCCAAAGAUGGUUCUGCUCCUCUAAACUAAGGAGCAACAGGAGGACACAUGCAGAGGACACUGUGCCACUAUCUGGUGAGAAGAAGAAUGCUCAUCCAAAGCUGGGGAAGUGGCUGACCUUCAAAUUCUGAGAUGGUGUUGUUUAUUCUGUCUAUACACGCUCCUCCGUUCGGCGCGGCCAGCUGAGAAGAAGAUGGCAUGGUUCCUUGUGAACUUAUUAUUGACGGCUAAUUUAGGUUUCAUGUAUCUCUGUGUAUGGUCCGAGCUAUUCUUCCUUCUAAUGUCAUGCGCCUAUGCGGCGGUGGUAUGAGCAGAACUGUUUGUCUCAUGACUCAUGAGAAACAACGACUGAUGCAUCACGCGGUUCACAUUUUUUUUAAUGUGUUGUGCAUGGGCAGGUAUGCGGGCCCUGCAAGAACGACCAUAAAGUGCUUGACAAAAGAAUUUGACACGCGCACACAACACACGAAAAGAAAAAAUCAGUUCCUGUGC